AUGAGCAGGGAUAGUCUUUUGCACACUAUCCGGUCGGCUGUGGAUAGUCUUCGGACUGCUUUGCAAGAGCUUGAGGAAGCUCAAAAUCCUUGGGAGAUUGUUGAGCUUGACGACCACGCUGCCCCCCAGCCUUCGAGGGGACCCCUUGCCGGCCCUAGGGCCUCAUCUUCCGGAGCUCCUGCCGCGCGCUCGAGCCCUCCUGCUGGUGGUCUUUCCCCUUCUUGUGUGCUCACUGGGUCGCAGGCCCCUCGCAUCGGAGAUCCUCUUCCGGGGGACGCCCUUUUCCUUGUAUCUUCCCUGCACAUUAUUGAUCGUCGCCCUCGGGCUGUUCGUGCUUGGGAGGCCGGCCUCCAGGCAGGGGCGGUCUUACGCCAGGAGCAGGAGGUGCGGGUCUUCACCACCUUUGGCCGGUUUAAGCUGCACACCGGGCCUUUGGAGCAGAGCCGGACGGUCUGUCACGGCUUCCCGACGGAAGGCGUGCUGGGAGCUGUUCCUUCAGGGUUCUUGGACGCGAGCCUUGUGUCAGCCGGGCAGACAGGGGCUCUGGAGGCGGUUGUUGGCCCUUCGGUGGAGGUGGCCUUGACUUUGGCAGAAGAGGAGGAGGAUGGUUCGCUGCGCCCCGUCGAGGAGUCUUGCAACGCCCUCCUCGUGGAUUUCAGCCUGGAGGUGGCCGCCUAUGUGAGCCGAUACGACCCAGUCACCUCUCCCGUGGAAGCCGUGUCUUUUGUGCCAGAACGGCCCGACCAGCAGGUGUCUUUCCCAGAGGCUUUGGCCACGGCCAGGGCUUGGCUGGCAGCAGAGGAGGGAGAGAGGCUGGCCUUUUACUCUGCGGCAGAAGGAGGCGAUGCCCUUCCUCAGGGGCAAACGGGCCAAGGGGAAGUACGGAGAAAGGCGGCACCGAAGGCAAAGAGGCACACCAAUGCUCAGCUGGCCGAGCAGAUCGGGAACCUUGUGGAUCUGAUCCCGGCCCUCACCCAGCAAGUGCAGGACCUUUCGUUGCGCCAAUCCGCUCUCGAGAAGAAGGCCGCCGUGCCUGCCAUGCCUCAGCCGAGCCCUGAGGAGCCACAGGCCGACGAGCUAAUGGUCGACGAGGAGACCGGGGAGCCCCUACCUCCGGAGAGCCAGGGGGCACUUGCCAAAGCAAUGCUCCAACAGAGCCGUGCCUUAGGGACUUUGGUCACCCACCUGGUGACGCAAGCCGAUGCUUCGGACCCUUCCCUGUCCUCGCUAGGGGUCGCUGCCUUAGGGUCCAGAGGUGCCUCGAAGAGAGAACGUCUCCAAGAACAGCUGGCCACCCGCUCGGGGAGCUUCCUUUUGCAGGUCAGCCAGCAAGCCUUGAGGAGGCUCAGUCCUUCGGAGCCCGUGCCCUCGACUCGUGCCGAGCUCCUCGCCCGCAAGCCCGUCUUUACUUUGUAUGCCGAGCGCUUCGGAGGGUUUGGGUCUCAGCGGGGGCUAGGCAUCAUGUUCUGGUUGCUCGCCAACAUCCUGGAUGCACUGGUGGCCGGGGACACGGUAGGGGCAGAGGAGAUGGCUUCCCUGGCUCUGAUUGCCACCGAGCAAGCCUCCCAAGAUUCAGGGUCUUGGGAUAUAGCCUACCUUUUGACACUGUUGGAGGAUCCGCCUCACCAGUUGUUUGCCCACCGAUCGGAAGCCACCGCGGCUGCGAAGGCGAAGGCGCAGCCGAGCGACCCAGACCAGGCAAGCCCGUUUGAAGGAGGCUCAGGCAUCUUUUAUGAUAGGAUCGACCACCUCGUCCUGCACAUGCCCUCUUUCCCCUGCCGGAGAGUUGCCCACGUGGCCGUGAUGGCCUGCAACUUCCUCUUUUCCGGGGCCUCCUUCGUGCCAUUGGGUUUGCUGAGCCACCGGCCAAACAAAGCUCAGGCCGCUGCGCUUUCUUAUGUGCACAGGCUUUGUAGGGCGUGCGGUGCCGUGGAGCCCUUUCUUGUCAGCUCCGCUGGGCGCCGAAAUCUUUCUCUUCUUUCUCAGCUAGGUGAGCUAUGCGAGCACAUGACUUUGGUCGGGCCCUCUGCGGACCCCUACGGCCCUUCUUUCCAUGGUGCUGCUCCCAGGCUUUCUUUGGACACUGUCGGUCCUCUCCCCGGCGCUUCGGGGGACGACCUGGAGCCAACUUGUGAUGGCAGCCCCUCCUCUUUGAGGCCGCCUUCCGGACAAACUCACGGGAACCCUCUCAUGCCUUAUGCCCCGCUCUGCGCCGAGAGGUUGAAGAUUUCAGGGCUUGGUCAGUGGGACCCGGUUCCCUUCCUUGACACCGACCCAGACCUGCAGGUUGCUUGCCUUGAGCCGGACCUUCUUCUGCGUGGCGCGGAGCCCCCUCCAGGUGAGGUCCCUGAUCUUCGCCGGGAAAGGCCAGGUGAGGUUUUGCGUCUUGCCCUUAAGUGGGCCGAGAAGGGCCUCCUCUUCCUUAAGGAUGACUACUCUGACCAGGCCUCGCAUGAGGAUGCCGUGCGGGUGUUCAACUGUUACAAGGCCAGCGACUGUGAUCGCCAAAUUGGCGAUAGGAGAGCCCGGAACUUUCGUGAAAGAGCCCUCCGCGGGCCCAGCACCUCUUUGCCUUGCGGCCCGGUCUUCCUUGGACUCUGCAUCCCCCCUUCGACCAGCACCCUCCGCAUAGCUGUUGCUGACCGGAAAGACUUCUACCAUCAGCUAAGGGUCGGCCCUCGGAAGGCCGUGCACAAUGCCCUCUUCCCUCCCCUGCUGGAGAAGGAUUUGGUAGGAACCGAGGCUCACCGCCUCCUGUGCGAGCAGCGUGCCCUGAGAGAGCCCCGCGCUCUGCUUGUUCCGCCUCCUGACCGGGCCCAGGUCGUCGCUUGCUUUAAGGCAAUUUUUCAAGGUGAUCAUUUGGGGGUUGAGAUCGCGACCUGUGCUCACCGCAACAUGUUGAGGGCGUCCGGCCUACUGGUGCCAAGGGAGGAGCUCCUCUCCACCCGGCCCUUCCCACCAAGCGAGGUCCUUCAGGGACUUGUGAUAGAUGACUUCUAUGCGGUCUCCCUUGAGUCCCUUGACACCCCUCCCGAGCGGUCGCGCGCCGUUGCCCGACUCGACCUUGCUUUGGAAGCUUAUGAAAAGCAUCGGCUGCUUGGAUCGGUGGAAAAGAAUGUUCGUGGCUCGGACUGCUCGCGGGUUGCUGGAGCUGAACUGGAUUCUUCGCCCGGGACCCGCCAGCUGGGCUUGGUCACCGCCGGGGCCCCUAGAGCAAAGAGGCUUUCCUUGGCUUCGAUAUCUUUGUCGUUGGCCUCCCUUCCGAGCACGACAGAGGCCCUGCACUCCUGCCUUAUAGGGGGCUGGGUUUCGGCCUUCAUUUAUCGGCGCCCUCUUAUGGCUGUCUUUCAGAAGGCUUUCGCUGUGUGCCCGUCCCACGUUUCUCAGGGCACGUCUCCUGCACCAGUGCCGCUCACAAGGGGAGUUUCGGAUGAGCUUGUGUUGGCUGCUGCCCUGGCUCCUUUGGCGGUAGCCGAUCUUGCUGCCCCUUGGGAUGACCACCUUUAUGCCACGGACAGCAGUGAGGAGGGAGCUGCUAUUGUUUGCACGCCCGUCUCCGAGGCUACCUCGGCACAGGUGUGGCGGGCCUCGGAUCGAAAGGGGGCCUCCACCAAGCUGCUCUCGAGGAUCCAAGCUGCCGUCAGGAAGGCCGACCCUCUUCAUGAAGAGGCUUGCCUCGAACCCCCUCCCGGCUCUGAUGCCCUUUGUGUGGGGAGCGAUGAUUUUGGCCUCCCUUUGUCCCGGCCGGGGAGGCCGCUCGGUCUUCGUUUUCACUUUGUUCAAGUCGGUGGCCCAGGCACCUUGAUCUGCGAUGCCCUCUCUCAGAGAGGUUGGGUCCCUGGCCCGGUCCUGCAUCUCGACUUUUCGCCUCACUACGAUCUCGGUGGCCACGAGUUUUUCCUUUGGCUUGUCCAUUUGCUGGACACUGGGGGGGCUGAUGCUUUUUACCUCCGGCCCCCCAGUCAUUUCUUUUCCGCGGUUGCGUGGCCGCCCCCUCGCCCUCUUAAAGGAACCAAGCCCUGUGCUCAUGAACGACGAGCUCUCUUGGAAUUGUGCCUUGCUCGUCGGGCCCUUUUCCUCUUCCAUCGCGCCAUUCGCGUCGGGGCCCUCUGUAUGCUAGAGCAGCCCUUUGGGAGCCAACUGCCCUGCCUUUCUCCGUGGAAGGGGGCCCUCAGGCACCGUGAUGUUGUUGAGGUGUCCCUUUCGGCAUGUAUGUUUGGCUCGCCUCAGAAAAGGCGUUUUCGCCUCCUCUCUCACCGUCUUCCUGCCUUGGCUUUGGGCUGCAAAUGCUCGGGGAAGCACCUCCAUCAGGCUGGGCCCGCCCCACGCGGAGGAGCGACCUCCAUUCCCGGCCUUGCCGAAGCCAUUGCUCAGGUUUUCUCGAGGGGCCUCCGUCGGCUACUUGAACAGCGGGCCGGAGCUGAUAUUGACGUGUAUGGCUUGGAGUCUCCUUUGAUCAACGACCUCGCCCUCUCUUCCGAUUGGAAGGUUCAGGCAGCCUGGCGAUGGGACCGCGAGUCCCACAUCAAUGUGUUUGAAACCGAGGCCUACUUCCGUCUGUGCCUUCACAAGGCUCGCCUUUGCCGGCCCUGCCGAUUCUCUUCCCUUAUCGACUCAAACGUCGCUAGGUGUGCCUUGAGCAAGGGGCGUUCGCCCUCGGUCGCCUUGACACGUGUUCUCAAGAAGGUCUCGGCCGUCUCCUUGACCGCAGGGCUCUAUGGGGCUUUGCCUUUCUGCCCCACUCGCAUUAUGCCGGCCGAUAAUCCUUCUAGGGGCAGCGCGCCCAGCCCUCCUGUGCCAGGCCAGCCGCUCACCGAGGCUCUUGACCUCGAAGCUCUUGCGGCCCUCCCUCGCCUUCGAAGAUGGGCCUCGAAUUGGGUCAGGCUUGUGCUCCGGUCCUCCCCUUGGUUUUCUCCCAGCAGCCAGGAUCGCUUUGCCGGAAUGCCUUCCCUGACCUACGUUCCUCCCGCCUUCGACUUUGACUCCUCUCUCGGGUUUCCUGGUGAAGGCCCCCGUCCUUGUGCUGGUGGGUUUUGCUUCUGGGGCCUCUUUCGUGGUUUGGUUGUGGCUUGCCUCCUUAGCUGUUGCCAUGGCACUCUGGAGCCUCGGAACGCUGGCGACACUGCGAGGCUUCAGGCCCGAAAGCAAAAGCCCCUCUCUGUUGGAAGGCCGGUCGAGAGGAUCACUCAGAAAAAUCGUGACCGCUUAUGGUUUUCUUUCAGUGAGUGGCUAAAGGGUCAGGGUGUGCCCCUUGGCCUCUUCGACGACGCUGCGGUCCCCGACGUUGACACGAUCAACGCUGUUAUGGUGCGGUAUGGCCGUGACCUUUACAGCGCAGGCCGUCCCUACAGUCACUUCUCGGAGACCAUAAACGCCUUGGCGGCUAAGAUGCCAAAACUGAGGCGCCUCCUUCAGCAAAGUUGGGAUGUUGCUUUCCAGUGGCAGCGCCUGGAGCCUCACGUACAUCACCAAGCUAUGCCUUGGCAAGUCCUUGUGGCGAUGCUGGCUUCAGCUUUAUGCUGGGGGUGGCUAGAUGUGGCUGGUAUUUUGGCCCUGGCUUGGGGUGGCCUGGCGCGUAUCGGGGAGAUUUUCGCGGCCUACCGCCGAGACCUCGUUCUUCCUGGGGACACAGGUGAAGGCUACGGCUCCAUCCUGCUCUCAGUGAAGGAGCCCAAGACCAGAAACACCGCGGCCCGCCAUCAGGCCAUUCGAGUUGAUCAACCUCAGCUUGUGCAAGUUGUCAUUUUUGCUUUUGAGCGGAUGAUCCCCGCUCAGAAGCUAUGGCCUCUGUCCCCGAGUACUUUUCGGAGCCGCUUUGCAAAACUUAUCGCCGCCCUCUCCUUAGACAACCUCGAAGGUACAAGGAUCAAGCCUUUGGAUCUGGGAUCUCUUCGGGCAGGCGGCGCUACUUGGUUGUUGCAAACAACGGAGGAUGGUGAACUAGUGCGCCGGCGAGGGCGCUGGAUCAACACCAAGGUCAUGGACAUCUACAUCCAGGAGGUGUCGGCUGUCCUUUUCCUCCCUCGGCUCCCUGGAAAGACUCGCGACAAAGUCUUGCAAGCAGCUUCGUCUUUUCCGGCUAUGCUGCAACAAGCCCAAGCCCUCCUGGGCCUUGGAAUACCAGAGCACAUUUGGUUCUCUUUGACUGCCGCUGGCACGGCGUUGAGCCCAGCAGUGGUCGUGAAGCCUGGAUUCCAAGAGAUCAAAGUACUUUCAUCCGAGUUUCACUCCCUGACCCUGGCCAUGGAGCCGACAGCGACCGUACUGGGACGGAGCGAAGCCUUCGACAAUGACACCGGCCCCCAAGACUCGGUGCCACUGGAAAGGCACAACCUUCCAGAGUGGAUAGCAGAGAUCAUCUCGAAGAUGGAGCCCACUCGGCCCCUGAGAGUGUAUGGCGAUUUCUAUCAUCUGAGUCAAAGCACAACUCGCUUGCAUGCGUUUUGGUCCCACAGCUGGCAUGGUUCCGUUUCAGGAAAGGUUGUCACUUUGUUCUUUCUCUACAAGGCCGGGGCCGCGGCCGCGGUAGGCACUGGAGCAGCAGUCUUGGCUUGUUUCGCUUUCUGGUUAGGAGCGCUUCCGGACGAUAAGACGAGCAGCUGGUGGUGCUUGAGCGUUGGAUGCCUCGGCUAUUUGCUGACAAUGCUGUUUUGGCCGCAACAGUUGGUAUUUGUCGACCGUGUAUGCAUCUCUCAAACUGAUCCUGAACUCCAAGCAGAGGGCAUCUUUAGCCUGGGGGCCAUGGUUAAACGUGCCGAUACUAUGCUGGUGCUUUGGGAUCCGUCUUGGGCUCGCCGCUUGUGGUGUGUGUACGAGCUGGCCGCCUUCAUUCGCAGCAGGUCCCCAGGCGAGAAGCCACGCAUCAUCAUCCGGCCAACCAUGCUGGGAUUCGUGAUGUGUGCAAUCUGGCUUGCGUGUGCCCUUGGAGGUUUCGCUUUCCACUUCACAAACCACACAAUUGGAGUGGAUGAUUCUAGCGGCCGCACCGAUGUCAUCCUGCAGUUCAGUGCGAUUGCUUUCUGCGGAUUAAUUUUCUGGUACAUUGCGCACCUUGUCCGUGAGUACUGCCGUGAAGUUACCAUCAUGUGCCAGCAUAUCGGACAGUUCCGUGUUGCAACCGCUGAAAGCUUUUGCUGCUUUGUGAAGCACAGAAGACCCGGUGGCGACGAGCCCAUGAUGUGCGACCGAGAGGUGAUGCAGAAAUGCAUCAAAACAGCAUGUUCAAAGCGAUUUAUGUGA